UCCGAGCUCGCUGACAGGGUUAAUGUAGGUUUGAACCGUUAUAUAUUUGGGUUAGAGUGUGACAACUUGUAUGGGUACACACUUCAACAUUAACUUUGAUAGGGCAAGGUGACAUUUAUUACGUGGACAAAAUGUUGCACUAGAGAAUUGUAUACAAUGCUGUUUCAUUCAUGGAAUUGCGUCUCCUGGAUAGAAUAAUUCUGUUAACCAAUACUAUUAUACAUCAACUUCAGAGUGAAACGUUAAUGGUUUAAACAGACUGACGAUAAAAGCGAAUUUUUAAACUUUAAUAUGGAAAGCAGACGUGAAAAGUUUAGUCUUAGCAGUUCGUCUGUUGACGAGGACACUGUAAGCGUAGUGUCCUACGAUUCAGCAUUUUUCGAAGAGACACAAAUAGAACAAAGCGAAGAAUGUAAAAAAGUUCUGAAUAAAGUGGCCACUUCGGUAAGUCAAUUAAAAAAUUUUUGUGACCAGCCUACAAAGAUCUGUAAACAAUUAACUGCCAUUUUGGACUUAUAUUUCAACAAAGCUAAAUAUAGAAAAGAUGUCGCCGAGGAGCUGUGGAGGUGCGGAUAUGCAUCGUACGCCAUCCGCAUGUUUGCUGCCUUGAAGGACAAAGACACACGCAAAUCAGGAAUCUUUAAGCCUUUCAGACUGGUAGUGCAUGUUUUAUGGGCUUAUACAAGCUACAGCGAGAAUCUGUCGAGAGAUCUUACUGAUACUGGAGAAGACAAUGGUCUCAUAGAGGAAGUAUGUGACUUUUUGUCUCAACCUCAUAACACACCCACUGAAAUGAUGAAAAACAAAGACAAAGAACAUAUAAUUAUGUCGACCAUCAGUGUACUGAGGAAUAUAGCAACUUAUAAACAUACCGUCCCACGUUUUCAAGACAUGGACGUCUUCAACCUGGUGAAACGGUAUUCAGAUAUUGACAAAAAGGAUAUCAAGUUGAUCACGUAUACUACCAUGGCUUUGAUUGCUACAGAAAAACAAGCCAAGGAACUGACCGCUGGGCUGGACACCUUUCAAUACAUUGUUCGUUUAAUGUCUUUGGCUGUUGGUAGAGAUGACAUUAAUCGUAUCAAGGAACGGUAUAUGUCCUCGGAUUUAGUUUUGUAUCUCAACAAACUUACAAUUGACGGUGAUAUCGUAGCUAUUCUUAAAACUAAUAUUCUAGACACCUUCUUUAAAAUGUUGAAAGCUCCAGACAGAGAGGAAAGAUUACGUACCACAAUAUGUUUGUACAAUAUAAGUUUCAACCCAAAUGGACGAGAGGCAAUUCGACAGCAUAAAAACUUAUAUCCUUGUUUGACAACUAUAGAAAAGUUAGAAAAGGAUCCUGAGAUUAAACACAAUUUGCAAGGUCUUUUAGCAAACUUGAAUCCCGAAUCGGCACCUCCAUCGAGACUAAUUUCCAAAACACGCCAUAUUUUGAUCAACUACAACAAAGAGGAUACGGGAAUGGUGAAGAAAAUUGUCGAGAGGAUCACGGCAGCUGGCAUAGAAAUUUGGAUUGACUACAAAUUAGGACAUUGCGACCUGCUAGGUGCCAUCUCUGAAGCUGUUGCGGAGUCAUCAGUCGUUGUGGUAUGUCUUUCAGAACCAUUUCGUCAAGAUCCGUGGUGUAAAGGCGUUGCCUAUAAAGCAAUUGAGCACAAAAAAACUUUCAUUCCACUUUGUAUGCAGUAUAAAUAUAAACCCGAAGGAUGGCUUGAAUUCUUUAUUCCAAAUGAAAGACGAUAUAUAGAUUUCAGUAACAGAGCCGAUUUCGAAUCAAGCCUUCAACAGUUUUUGCAAGAAUUAAAAAAUCCAUCAUUUUCCUUGGGUACGCUAAAGAAUGCUUUAGAUUAUGUUAAAGACACCAAAGAUGAUUUUGAAAAAGAUCCCGAUGCUGCCAUCUUUGAUGAAACGAAAGAAGGUUGUGACCAGGUGGAGUCCGCUCUUGCUCAACCGGAAUCUGCCUCCUUCCAACAGGUCAUUUCUAACCCAAUCCCCAACCACGUGGAGAAGAUGGACACUGAGAAAGUGAAACGAUGGUUUAUUAAAAACGAUUUAAGUAAACUAACAGAGAAGAUGAAAGGAAUGGAUGGCAAGAGGUUAUGGGAACUGCAGUGUAUGAAAGUUCAAAACCGAGACAUCUAUGAUAAUUUUCUUGUGAGUGAGUACGGAUUGACUGGGGAAGAAUUGCUUAACUUCGAUACAGCUCUUCGUAAUCUCGUUAGUUUAUCGUGAACGCCCACUGUGUUAAUCGUGAACAACCACUGUGUUUAUCGUGAACACCCACUGUGUUUAUCGUGAACAUCCAAUGUGUUUAUCGUGAACAUCCACUGUGUUUAUCGCGAACAUCCAAUGUAUUUACCGUGUUACUGAAUUGAACUAUAACGUCUGAAAAAGGUUGUUUGUAGGAAUUGUCUUGCUUGUACGGAUUUUUUAUUGAAGGGGAAAAAAUAGAGGUUUUAUUGAGCAUAUAUACAGCAAAUAUAUUUUAGUAAUUUUUAUAUCCACUGGGGGGUCAAACUAUAAUAUACAUAACGAAGGAUGAGAAAAGGAAAAUUCACACAAAUCAUGUAAGGUUUUAAAGGUAUAUUGCUCUUUUUAAUUAUUUAGUUUACUUAAUUUUAACACAGUAGUUGUAAACAAUACUUUAACCCUGUGCCUGUGCAUUCUGUUGAAUAUAUUUUUACUACUUUCAAUCACCCUCUUUGUUUGUUUUAUGAAUACCUGAUAUAUAUUGUAUAUACAUUUAUUUUUUUCUAUUUUUUUUUUUUGCUAAUUUUUUCUGCACAUAAACAGUAAUUGAUGUUACUCCUCGGCCUGUUUGUUUGUUCCAUUCUUUAUUGUUUUUCACCUAAUCACGAAUCAAACACAUAUAUUC